GGGGUUUCUGAGUUUUUGGAGACAGUAGAAAGAUUUUUGAUUUCUUUAUAUUGCUCGCUCCUAAGCGUCAGUGUCUCUUCAGUCCAGAUUUGCUUGCUCGGUUCUGACAGACCAGCCAUGGCUCCGAAGAAACCCGUGAAAGGAACCAAACCCAACAAAGAAGGCACCAAAGUCCAAUCAGCCAGUAAGAAUGGGAAGAGGACGGAAUCUGGGUCCAGCAGCAGUUUCUUCACUUGGUUCAUCGUGCUGGCCCUGCUGGGGGUCUGGACUUCUGUUGCCAUGGUCUACUUUGACUUAGUGGACUAUCAGGGGGUUCUUGAUAAGGCUAAAGACAUACAGAUUAACCUGUCUGAGACAUUACAAGGCAAACUCGUGGCCUACGAUACAGAUGGCGAUGGAGAUUUUGAUGUGGAAGACGCUAAAAUACUGCUAGGACUGAAAGAGAAGGCCGUCGUCGCCACUGAACGUAGCCAGGAGGCUGCUGCGCCUGUGGGCUCUGUGGAACCAGAAGCAACACCAGAAGCUAUAGUUGAGCCUGACCCCGUGCCUGUGGAAGAUAUGGAUGAGGACACUGCAGAACCAGAGAUUCAUCCUGAAGUAGCUGCUGAGGUACUAGCAUCUGAGCCUGAGCCUGAACCUGAACCGGAACCUGAGCCUGAGCCUGAGCCUGAGCCUGAGCCUGAGCCAGAACCUGAG